AUGGGCGCUCUGAUUUACACCUACUCCAAUAUCGAUGCUGGGGAAAUGCGAGGAGCGUUGGUCACAGAUCUGAACAGCCUUUAUGGUUCCAUGAGCAACCUGCUGCUCCUAGCCAGUUCGCUCAUGGUUCAGAUGGGCGGCUUUUACGGGAAUCUGAACAAACAGCUGUAUAGGAUCAGGAACCAAACUAAGGACGUUUGGAUCGAGCUGCUCAAACCUUCAUUGUCCCCAACCCAGGUCUUCGCCAUAUGUCAAAUGAAGCCCAGCUCGGACCUCGCCACCGACCUGCCCUCGGUCAGCGGUUUCGUGCUGUUCUCCCAGAGCUACCCGCAAGGCAAACUCCAAGCCUAUGUCAACCUGAGGGGGUUCCCGCUGUCUGCUGCAAAGUCCCUCCGUGCCAUGCAUGUCCACCAGUACGGGGUGGUGAACGGCAGCUGUCCCUCCACCGGACCGCAUUACAAUCCCCAAAAUGUCAACCACCCCCAGCACCCCGGCGACUUCAACAAUUUCGAAGUCUUGGACGGGAAGAUCGUGAAGUAUUUGCCCAACCUCAAAGCCAACCUGUUCGGACUUGAAUCCAUCCUCGGCCGUGCCGUGGUGCUUCACGAGAAGGAGGAUGACCUGGGGCUCGGCAGCAACCAGGAUAGUCUGAAGACGGGAAAUUCAGGCAGGAGGCUGGCGUGUGGGACCAUCCUGCGCAGCAACGGCGACCUUUGGAAAGAAAUGCAGCCCCACAUGUGAGGCAGCGGGUCUCCGACGCCAGGCGAUCAGUUCGGCAAUUCAACCUGUUAUCCUUUCUCACUGUUCAUCCUUCCUUCACUGCGACAAAUAGUUUAGUACAUAGCGCCUGUGCACCCUCAUGCACGCCGAUAAUGUUUGAAGAAGUAACGGUUAGGCAAACAAUUGCAAAGAUGGGUUUGUUACAAAAACCUAAUUCUUCCUUUGCAGUCUUCGGAAGUACCCGAAUAUUAACCCUUGCUGUUUGAAUUUCCCACGUGGUUUUAAAUCGCCUGUGUUAAAUGUAAUUAGAUUUAGACGGCUAACAGCAACAAGUGAAACCGCCUGAUAUCUUGCGUUUAUUGUAUCAGGCGUUACUGAUAGUCUUGUGUCUCAUUGAUAUUUUCUGUUAGACUAUUCUCGGAUUAAAAAAAAUCCUAAUCCAGAAAUAAUCCCGCAAUAGAUAACAGCCGAUGAGCCGAAAUCCAUUGUAAUUAGAUGACUGGUUGGAAAUUUACAGCGUUCUCACUGACGCGAGUGUCCAUAUUCAAGAUAGGGUCUCACGAUAUUCAGCCGAAUAUAGACACAAAAUGAUGGGG